UUAACCCCAGACACUAGAACAGAAACCCGUGUGAAGGGUGCAGCACACCGAAAUACCUCCUUCUCCCUAACUGGUGCUUGAUAGAAGCUGUGCUAGAGUGACGUAAACAGGAAGCGAAAUAUUGAUUGGUUGAAAUUACGAUAUCUACAGGGAAGCAUGGCAGGUAAAGGCAGAGGAAUAGCAGCUUUUACAUUCAACAUAGAGGUACUGGGUCUCACCAGAGGAUCCAUGCCUGAGAGUCAGCGUGGUCCACAAGCCUUGUUUCCUCAAGUGGAGUUUAAACCAGUGCCUCUAAAGGCUGGUGAAGAUGAAGACUACAUGUUAGCUUUGAAACAAGAGAUUAGGGGGAGAAUGAAAGGCCUACCUUUCAACAUAAAGCCGUUCUCAGGCAGGAAUGAUGUGGAACGGUAUAAAGAAAAAUAUGUAAGAGAAUGCCAGAAAAUUGAGGAUGAAGAAUGGACCCCAGACUGGAACCGUCUUCCAAAGGAGCUAAUGCCUCAGAAGAAGAAAAUAAGAAAGAAAAUGGAUCCAAAGAAACCCAGAAAGAUUUCAAACAAAGAGCAGGAGGAUGUGCUGUCUAAACUGGAUGAGCUUGAAAAUAAGGGCGAUAAAUCUGACGAGGAGAAGGAAAAGGAAGAAAAGAAGGCUGAUGAAGAGGAAGAAGUUGAAGGAGACGAAUAUGAUGAAGAGCUUGAAGAGGAGAAUGACUACAUAGAUACCUACUUUGAAGAUGGCGAUGAAUACGGAGCAGGCAGCGAUGACAAUAUGGAUGAAGCCACAUAUUAAUCAAUAAUAAUCAGAAGAUCCUGGCAUCCGGAGGAGAAAUGGAAAUUGUAAAUAAUUUAAUUUAACUAUUUAAACGUCCUAUCAUUUAAGAUAUCUACACCCUAAUGU